AGGUUUCCAUAGGUCUUGCACCCACUCUGCUGGUCUCCACAGCCGCCCACUUUUACGUCAGCAAGGGAAGCCGCUGGAUUUCCUCCCCUUCUUUAUCUAAAGGAAGUGCCAAAAUAAGCACCAGCAGCCGAGCGCCCGAGCACCUUUUCCACUGGCCACUUAGUUGGAGUCCGCGGACGAAGUCGGGAGGUUUACCACUGAAGAAGAAUCACCAUGAAGACCAUCAGGGUUGUUGUCCUCCUGCUGGCAUCUGUGCAUGUCUUCACACCAGUUUUAUCAUCAGGUGAUCUAAAUGCGACGGCAGGAACAACACACACAUCGACACCAGCUGCAACAACACCAACAGUCCCAACACAAACAUCAACAGGAUCAACCCCAGCAACAGCAUCACCAUCAGCAACAGCACCAACAUCCCCCCAAACAACAAGACCAGCAGUCAACCAAACAUCGGCCAAAGCAGACAACCAACCAGGAGCACCAAGAACCGCCUCAACAACCCCAGAGGUCGAAACAGCACCAACAGCAGCCCCAACCGUGACAUCAGCAGCCCCAGUAUCGCCCUUUGCUGAUCCUGAUGCCACCAGCAAAACCCCUGACAGUGAGUGUGCAUACACGUUAAGUGGACUGAAAACCAGACGGAUAGACAGGUUAAGUUAGGUUUAUUAAAAAGAAGAAGUCCUAACACGCUCAGCUCACAUUGAAACUUAGAUGACUUUGAAGACUGGAUUCUUA